CCUUCCAUCCAUCUUGGUUGGUGAAGUGAGCGAGAGUCUUGGUAGAGUAACAAAUCUCACAUAAAUCAUGGCCCUCAAAAGAAUUAACAAGGAAUUGCAAGACUUGGGUCGUGACCCUCCAGCCCAGUGCUCAGCAGGUCCAGUAGGGGAGGACAUGUUCCACUGGCAGGCCACCAUCAUGGGUCCAGCUGACAGUCCCUUCCAAGGGGGCGUUUACUUCCUCACCAUCCACUUCCCCACAGACUACCCCUUCAAACCCCCCAAGGUGGCAUUCACAACUCGCAUAUAUCACCCCAACAUAAACAGUAACGGUUCAAUAUGUCUGGAUAUUCUUCGUGGUCAAUGGAGUCCUGCAUUAACUAUUUCUAAAGUAUUGCUGUCGAUCUGCUCUCUGCUGACGGACCCGAACCCGGAAGAUCCUCUGGUGCCUGAGAUCGCGCGGAUGUACAAGUCUGACCGUGAGAAGUACAACGAAUUGGCCAGAGAAUGGACGCGCAAGUAUGCCAUGUGAUCUUCCUAACGCGCUCUGGGGUGACUGGCCGCGCCGCUGCUGCUUGUGUGUCACUCCGCCCUCACAGCACCGCCACCACCACCACCACCACGUCCUCCUCUUCUACCAUUCUUGAUCUGCUUCUCUUCAUGCCUCUAAGUCCAUUAUAGUUAUUUCUGUGGUCGCAGAGCUAUCCUGUUGAUGUCGUUGCGCAAAGAGCUGUCGUGGCAAUGCCAGAGCUGCGCAUUUGCACCCAUUAGGUCUUUCCUUGCCUAACUGAAUGCUACGUCCGAAAAUAAUUUGGUAUGGGCCGGGGAUGUUAAGUGGUCCCAGAACUCGCUGGGUACGCUCAGGUUCUUAUUGAAUGCGCGUGAAUAAAUUGUUUUUACCUCGUGUAUUUUAAUUGGUAUAGGCUUGUCAGAUUAGAAUUUUCUUAAAUUUGGGUGUGGGUGUAAAACUCUGCUCAAUAUUCAACUUCUCCCUCCGAGUCUUGAGAUUUCACGAACUCCCACGAACCGCGCGUUUGAAUGGUGUUCAGUGCUUCUGACCGCAACAUUUGCUGUAUUCCCAGCAAUUCGCUGUCUCUGAACUUCGAAUAUCGUUCUAUGGACGCGUGUGUUACCGUUCCUAAUAUUUCCCCUCGCAGCUCCGUCAGCUAACAUGAUCCUAAGUCUGUACAUGAUGCUGAGAGCCUUCAUUAUUUGAGCGACUGGCCCUUGUUUGUUCCUACGUCCAUUUUAAUGUGUGGCGGUAACUGAUCGGAGGAUUAUAAUAGAGCACGAAGAAGCAGUUAACGUGGUGGUUGCUUGAUCAGUUAUUCUAUUGUCACUCUCUUUAUCGCCUGGGCCUCUAGACGCGUUGAUCAUCGCAUAUUGUAUAGGAUCCAAUAAUCUGCUUAAGAGUUAGUCAUUAUUAAAUUGAUCAUAUUUAUGAAUGAUUUUGCCUGCUCAUCUGGGAUUGACGGCAUCGUUUAGUUCUAAUUGAUUUUUUUUGUAUUCUAUAAUGAUUCACAAUGCUCUCAUACGAA